CAAGACAUUGAUAUCAAGCAUAAUUCUGAUCCUUCUGCAUGUGAUACUACAUUUAAUAAAAUUCUUGUUAAUCAUGAUGCCAGGUUUUUAACUGAACUCAUUGAUUACCAUGCUAAAUUAACACUGAACUUAUCUCAUACGAUGAAAACUUUACAACUUGAUGAGAUUGAACAAGUUCUUCAAAACUAUAAUAACAAUUUUGGUAGAACUGAAAAUAAUUUUACUUUAGAAGAAAUGUGUCUUUUUAUAGCUAUAGACAUUCAUUUAUUAGGAGGAAUUAUUAAGAAGAUCACAGUACAAGAUUAUAAAAGAAAUAUUAAAAAGAAGGAUAGUUAUAUUA